UUAUUAAAUUGGAGGUGUCCAGGAAUGGUGCGCGAAGUAAAAAACAGCAUCUGCCAUUUUGCGAAUGUAACGCGAAGUUAUUUAAUCAAAUAAGUUAUGUUGGUGCGACGUUUUAAAAAUAAACAAAAGAAGGUAUAAACUAAUGUUUAAAUGGACGCAUCGUCCAUUAUUUUUCAAGUGUCACGGGAAGACGAACAAUUGAAUAGUUACCCUCCCGAAAAAGGAACCUUAACAAAAAAUGAUAGUGACAUAUCAGAGGCCCGCUCAUCAGAGCCAGAAACAAAUAAAAAGGCCAAGAAAGGUUUCUUGCGCACAUUAUUAUGCUGCCUUGGUCGCAACAGACACAAGAACACAAACACAAAUACUUAUGUGGAUGGCAAAGAGUCCCCCACGAAUAUUUCCGGUUCCCCUCGGUACUUAUUACCUCCCGUUCGGCACCAGGACAUGCAUAAAAAGUGCAUGGUCAUAGACUUAGAUGAAACUUUAGUUCAUAGCAGCUUUAAGCCAAUUAGCAAUGCUGAUUUCGUGGUACCAGUAGAAAUAGACGGACUAGUGCACCAGGUGUAUGUGUUAAAGAGGCCAUAUGUGGACGAGUUCCUUAAGAGAAUGGGAGAGCUGUACGAGUGCGUAUUAUUUACCGCAUCCCUUGCCAAAUAUGCGGAUCCCGUUGCGGAUCUGUUGGACAAGUGGAGCGUUUUCAGGGUGAGACUGUUUAGGGAAAGUUGCGUCUUCCAUAGAGGUAAUUACGUCAAGGACCUUAAUAAAUUAGGACGUGACCUGAAAAACAUUGUUAUUGUUGAUAAUUCACCAGCGUCGUACAUAUUCCAUCCAGAUAAUGCGGUGCCUGUUGCAUCGUGGUUUGACGACAUGUCGGACUCCGAGUUGCUGGAUCUUAUUCCAUUUUUCGAAAAACUGAGCAAAAUGGACAAUGUGUAUACAGUGUUAUGUAAUUCUAAUCACCCGUAUAAUAGUAGUGUGCCCCAGUUGAAAGGUAAUCAGGGGUCGUGCAAUAGUACUCCUUCUUCCAGGGAACAGUCGCCUGCUUCGUAGCAUUACGUCUUAAACCGCGUUAGAGGUAUGAUUUCUUUCGCGAGAGCUUUUCUACUCUAAAAAAAUAAUGAAUUAGAAUAACUAAACUAAAUAUAAUAAGUACACAUUUAUAAAUGAUAACAACAACAACAGCAACAACAAUAAUAAUAAUGCACAGUUACUACUACCAUUAUUAUUGUUGUCAUCUCUUGAGGAAUAAAUAGAAGAACAAAGCAAGAGCAAGGGUGUUGUUGGGUAGCUUGAAUAUUACCCCCCCCCCCCCAACUCUCCAAACGGAACCAACCCUGCGCGCCCUAUUCGACUGAAGGAAAUUUUACAGGUGUGUACGUACGAUCGUCUAUAAAAAUAGUUUGUUGUAUUGUACAUUUUUACAAAAUGUGAUGUUGAAAAAGCGUUUGUUGAUGUAAGUUUUAAUUUAUGUAUGUAUAAAUAUUAGCCUCUGAAUGCCA